AUGGCCAAGAAUGAUGUUGUGAUUCAGAGCCAAGCGACAUCCUUGAGGAACCUAGAGAUUCAAGUGGGGCAGCUAGCUAAUGAGCUAAAGAAUAUACCACAAGGCACCUUGCCUAGUGAUACUGAAAAUACAAGGAGAGAUGGUAAAGAGCAUUGCAAGGCGGUUACCUUGAGAAGUGGUAAAAAUCUGGAGUUGACUGAGGAUAAUUCUAAGAGCAACAGUGAGCUCACUUCAAUCCAAAGUAGUGUGGAAAAGGAAGACAGAGUUAUGAAUUCAAAAAUAUCAAAUUCUGAUCCUGAAGUAAUUGCUGCAGCAAUUCCUCAGCAAAAUGCAAGAGAGAAGUCUAUGAGCAAGCCACCUCAACCAUUUCCUCAGCGCUUUCAAAAGCAGCAACAAGAUGGUCAACUCCGAAGAUUUUUAGAUGUUUUAAAACAGCUUCACAUCAAUAUAUCGUGGGUGGAAGCUUUGGAGCAAAUGCCCAACUAUGUGAAAUUUUUUAAGUACAUUUUAACUAUGAAAAUGAGGCUUGGAGAAUUUGAAACGGUAGCUUUGACUGAAGGUUGUAGUGCGAUAUUGAAGAAUAAAAUUCCUCCUAAAUUCAAACAUUCGGGUAGCUUCAUAAUUCCUUGUUCUAUUGGUGGUAGAGAUGUUGGUAGAGUACUUUGUGAUUUGGGGGCUAGUAUCAAUUUGAUGCCCAUGUCAAUUUUCAAGAGGUUGGGGAUUGGAGAAGCAAGAUCAACCACAGUCACUUUGCAAUUAGCAGAUCGAUCUAUGGCACAUCCGAAAGGAAGGAUUGAGGAUGUACUUGUGCAAGUUGAUAAAUUCAUUUUUCCAGCAGAUUUCAUCAUUCUUGAUUAUGAAGCAGAUAGAGAUGUUCCUAUUAUCUUGGGUAGGCCAUUUCUAGCUAUCGGGAAGACUUUGAUUGACGUACAAAACAGGGAGCUUACUAUGAGGGUGAAUGACCAACAAGUUACUUUUAAUGUCUUCAACGCUAUAAAGUUUCCAGAUGAGAUUGAGGAAUGCUCUCGACUGAGUGUAAUUGAGAUAAUUGUCGAUGAAAAAUUCCACAAGGAAGCUUUUAAAGAUGGAAUGGGUUUAAGGUCACUUGAAAAGCUUGAAGACUUAAGUGAAGAGGAAGAAAGGUAUUCAUGCUAUAAUAAGAUUUCCAUUGUGCAAGAAGACCAAGAGAAGACUACCUUCACUUCUCCUUAUGGCAACUUUGCCUUUAGAAGGAUGUCGUUUGGGUUGUGCAAUGCUCCCACCACUUUCCAACGUUGUAUGAUGGUGAAUUUUUCAGAUAUAGUGGAAAAGUCUCUUGAAGUCUUCAUGGACGAUUUUUCAGUAUUUGAUGAAUCCAUUGAAACUUGUUUGACUAACUCUGAACAAGUCUUGGCUAGAUGUGAAGAAACGAACUUGGUACUUGUUGACGCGGUUCUUCGCUAA